AUGGCUGCCGCUCACCCCAAGCGUGAGAGCAACUGGCAAGACUGUCUGUCGCAGGCGGAGGCCGAGUCGAUUGUCAGCCAGUACAUCACGAUCCUUGAACAUACCGACGUGGCUACAGCCAAUGCCACGGCACAGAGCCUUCUCGACCCGAACUACACCGAGACCAGCGACUCGAUCUUGUCGCUCGAAGGACAGCCGCUCGGAACCGCCACCUUCGUCGGCAAGGACGUGUAUAUCGAGGGGGUGCUCAAUUCACCAGGUUUAAAUGGCAUUACCACCCUCGAGAUCCUCGUCGCAGGCUGCACCAAGAUCCUGUGGUAUUGGAACUUCUUUGGGGUUGGCAGUGGUCAAUAUGAGGUCAAGGGCUUCAAUCUGUUCACCAUCACACCGUCGUUGCAGAUAGGGCAGGUCAAUCUCGAGUUCAAUUCCAUCGCUUGGGGUCUGGACACGGGGUAUCAGGUGAUCUCUCCCUCGAGUGCAGCUCCCACCCGCAAGUGA